AUGAAGAGGGACUCACGAUUCACUGAUGAAGCGAAUGCUUACUGUCAACUAGCUGUUUCAAUUUUACCCUCAUCGGAAAGUCCCACGAUCAAAGAAGUGCGUGAAGCAGAUGAAAAACUGUUCACCAAAGGUAAUGAAAAACUUAUCGGAACAUUCAAGGGUACUCUACAAGAAGAGCACGUGAAGGUCAACUGUGCAGAGAUUCCUAUUACAAUCUAUAUACCAAUAGAUGUUAACAGGGAUAAACUAGUUAUAUUUUUCCAUGGUGGAGGGUGGACUAGUUCCAGUCGCAAGACGCACCAAACAAUGGUCAAUACUCUUGCCGACGAUCCGAUGUACAUUCUUACACCUGCAACGCUUGACUGGUUGAAGUUGCACGCAUUUCAUGAUGCAAACGAUCUGAAAGAUCCUCGAGUAUCUGUUCUUCUCAACAAAUCUUUCAACACCUUGCCACCAUGUUUAUUUAUUGCCGCCGAACUGGAUCCGCUCCGAGACGACAGUUACGCAUAUCAGGAGUUACUUGACAAGGCGGGCGUCAAAACCAAACUUUUACUUGUCAAAGGUGUCCUGCAUGAUUUUCUUGCUUUUCCAGGUACCUAUCCGAAAGCGUGUACACAAGCGGUCGAUGUCAUUCAACAGUUUGUGUCUGAACUUUAA